CUCUUUCAUCCUCUUGCCCCGACGCCGUCAGGCUAUGCGCAUACAACGAUGGACCAUAUCUCGGCCAUAGCACUCGGUUUAGGACUGCGUUAUGUUGUUGACGCUGUUGGUCUCCGCAAUGUAAAGCUCAUGGGCACACUCGUCGGUCUUUGGGAAGGCGCUACUCUCCACCAUUUCAUCACGAAGUAUCCGCGAAGCUCUGACGCAUAUAUUGCUCUCUUUUUUCGGCUUUGGGUGGACUUCGUCGUUACUGAGUCUGUCAUGCGGCUCGCGGUUGUAAUGCUCUGGACAUGCAUAGGCGUCGUCUUCUCUGAUCUCGGCGUGUUUAUCUGGUACAACACAGGUCUUCGCUCUACCUGCCGUCGUCUCCUCCGCCGCAUCUCGCCGUCCUCGACCUCCCACAUCCCGUCCCGCUCCCGAUCGCGUUCGCAUCAACGUGCCCUAUCCUCCGUCUCCUCCGACGUGCCCUCUAUGCUGCUCAAGUCUCCGCCCUCCGAACGCAGCCGCGUACGGUUCUACGAGUACCCACCCGGCGCUUCGCAGCGUCUCCCCCCCAACAUCUCUCGCCCCACCCCCGGCCCAUCGCCGCUCUCCGCAAUCCCACCGCGCUCCAUUCUUUCCAACUCGGGUUCCUACUCUGGCCCCACGCGGUCGACGGUUUCAGACAGGACGACAACGCCGACCGAGCGCACCGUGCGCUCACCGGUCGUGGUCAUCAACCCGCCUGCGUCCUCCGUCCGCCGCCGCACACUCCCGAACCCCCUCCCGGGUGCAUGGUCCGACACUGAGACGGUGUCCGACCGCGCGACGCCGACUGCCCCAGCCGAUGCGGACCUGCCGGUCAUCCCCGAUUCGCCGUCUAUCUCUUCCGCUCUUCUUUCCCCGAGCGGACGGUUGACAGAGUCCAUCGCGUCCGGUUCGGAGGUCAUGUCUGGAGCGGAGGGUGACGGCGCGCUGGACGAGUCGUACAACGGCGUCGCACGCGGUCUGCAGCAAUACGACGGUUUUGUAAUGGUAGAUCCGGGCCAGAUCCCGAGCAUCGGCAACGAGGACGAGGACGAUGACCUGUAUGCCGAGGGACAGCGCACGCCGCGCUCGACGCGGUCGCCCAUCAUGCUACCGCCCCGCCUGCUGUCGCCGUCAGCGGCCGGCUUGUUUGACCAGCCUGCGGAUUCGGACGACCCGUCUCAGUCGCGCUCUCCAGGUUCUCCAACACGAGUGCCAGAUAUGUCGGAUAUACCAGACAUGACGCUCCCUCCGUCAGCUCCGCAUAGUCGGACUUCCUUCCCUUUUCAUGAGCCCGCGAGAGAGCAGACACCGACCAGCAUACCGCCUGAAAGAGAACUGCCAGAGAUACCGGGCAUCACGCCUCCGCUACCUCUACCGAAAUCGGCGUCGCCUGCGCCUACCUCAGGGACUCCGCCUCCGGCCUCUGAAGCCGGGCCGUCUUCGUCACGAUGGUCGCAGCCUCCGCCAAGAUACCAGUCUAUGGCGCUCGACAAUGUCGUCACGGACCCUUAUUCUCCGGUUCUCCAACCCCUGGGGAAGGACACUAUGGAGGAGGCAAAAGCUCUGUCAGACGACGGCAUGUCUGUCAUAUCUGGCGCAUCGCGCAACUCCAUCAUUGACCGCGCUGAUGCACUCCGUCAACAAGCGGACGAAGCGGAGGAAGAGAGGACCAGCCUAGCGCAAGCGCGAUAUAAGGCAGAGGCGGAGGGCAGGCAUUGGGAGGCACUGAUGCUCAAGUUGAAGCAUGAUGAGGUGGAGCAGCGGGUCAAGAAGUUGCACGAGAGGGCGGCGAGACGAUAUUUUCGCGCUCACAAUUUGCGGGGAACCCCGCAGGUCAUCGAUGUUCACAGGCUGAAAGUUCCUGAAGCUGUAAAGCGAACGGAGCUCGCCCUUCGGUCGGCCUAUGAAGGCGGUGCAUCGGAGUUGAGGGUGAUCGUGGGCAGGGGCAACCACAGCGUGGGCAAGAUCCCAGUCCUGAAGACGGCGAUCCUUGGCCAUUUACAAAAGCUCAGGAUCCCUGUGAAUGUGAACCAAUUCAAUCCCGGAGAGCUCAUGAUCCCUAUGCCCGGACAGCAAGCCGCUGUCUCGGCGAGUGCUAGCUGAAAGCGUUCUCCGGUGUCUUACGACCGCGUCCAUUCCAUCUUCUAACAUAACCUGCGCUCACGUCCAUGACGAUGGACACGCUCCCUGCACGUUAUUUCACCACGACCUAACGAUCAAGUCAUAUGUAACGGUCGGCUCGCUUCCCUUCAAGAUUCUUAUUCCUUGCUGUCUUUCUUGCGACGUCUUGCUAUCUGUGCUUGUCUAGGGCUGAUGAAUUGUAAUCGUAUGAUACUACUACACCAUUUG